GCGAAUUACCGUAAAAAUCGUAAAAUCUGACAACAAUGUAAAUAUAAAGAUAAUGGAGACGUACAUUAGAAACAUCUGAAACGAUCCCUCGCUUAGGAAACAUCGUAUCACAUUAUUUUUUACACACAACCUACCAGUAUAUCACCGAAAAACGGAAGUGGACUUCCGUAAUGGAUACAAUUUCAGUGUAUCAGCCACUAAAAUUAUACCACAGUCGAGUAUUAAAUUCUAUUCGCGAUCCACCUCGUCGUGGUUUACUUUUACUCGUUUCGCAUCGCGGAGCAAAAAAGAGGGUUUCGAAAAACUGGCAGUACACUCUCGGCGAUACGUCGUAGUCGAUGGAAAACUAUUAAUAAUACAAUUUUAUUUGUUUUUCAAAGUGAAAUUGUGUAUUUUUGUUUAUUCCGAAACAGAUAUAACGAUUAUGGAGGAUAACAGCAAGCAAUUAACGAAGAUUUCGGGUUAUCUCGAAAAGAAAGGCAGAAACAUAAUGAGAAGUUCUUAUAAAAAAUAUUGGUUCGUCCUCGAAGGUGGACUUUUACUUUAUUACCGAUCUAAAGACGAUUACGAAAGUAUUUCACCCUGUAAAGGUUCCGUUAAUUUAGGACCGACCACUAUAAUAAAACCGUGCCCAUCUCUAGUCGGAGUAUUCCAAAUUCAAACAAGAACAGUUACGAUUACACUAAGAGCCUUCAAUUUAGAAGAGCAAAAUCGAUGGAUGGAAGCCCUAAUGGCAGAGAUACAACCAAACAAACCUACCCAAAAAAUGAGCCAUUUUAGAUAUUCGAUUGAAAAUACACCGAAAAAUCAAAUCAGUGAUACCACGCUCGAACCUGAAUUCCCCCAAGACGAUAUCAUACACAGAUUACAGAAACUUGGGGCACAAAGUUACGGCAAACCAGUGGAUGUGAUCAGUUUAACAAAAGACCACCGCAUAGAAAAAGAAGAAAUUGACAGAAGAAACAGCGAACAUAUAUACGAAAUGAUAUCGGCACGAAAUAACGAUAAUAAUAAUAAAGAUUUCGAUUCGAUAAAAUCAGACGUUAACCGACCGAAAACUUACUUUAUAGAAAACGAUGUUUACACCACGACUAAACAAGAAAAAACAGAAUCGAAAAAUGAAUCGAUUAUCAUCGAUAACGAUACGUACGUAUCGAUAGAAGGAAACGGUGAAAUAUCCAGAGAUGUAAACGAAAAUGACGUAUCGAAAGAUCGGAAAGAAGAAGAAAACGCCUACUCCGUACCUUUGUUCGACGACAAAGCGAAAAACGAUGUUCGAUACGAAAGUGUCGUGUAUGCCGAACCGUGCGAAUUGAAACAAACAAAAAAGAAGAAGAAAAAAGAAGUGAAGAUUAAGGAUAACGACGAACAUUCUACUAAAGUUAAAAAAAGAUCUAGUUUCAUCAAUCGGAUGUGGAAGAAAAAAGAUAAACGCAAAUAUGACGAUGAUGAAGAAUGUAUAUACGAAACUGUACGUGAAUCUGUCGUCGAGAAAAUUUCCUCCACCGAUGAUAGUACAGUGAAAAUGCUGUCAGAAUUACAAAAUAUAUUAGAACAAAAACUACCUAUACUUUUGGAAAAGAAAUGUAACGAUAUCAAUUUUACUACAAAUCAAAAUCCUGUGGAAAAUUUAAUCGAAUCUAUCGAGAAAACACAUGGAAAUAACGCUGACAGUUAUCAAAAUACCCCGCUAGUACCAAAAAUUAACGAAAAAAAUUUUUUCCCUCCACAUCUCGACGUCCCGACUGAUAAACCUAUAGCUUUACCGCCGAAACGAAAACAAAUAAACAAUUUAACAAAUUUAGACGACAUAUUGAACGAGUUGGAUAAUCAAAAAACGGAAACUAAGAAAAACAAAGUUAAAAAAUUGAUAAAGAAAUUUAGCGAACCAGAUUUUUUUGAAAACGACGUAAUUUUGAGGAAAAAUAAUCAAAAAUAUGAGAUUAAUAAAAAAGAAGAUGAUCAAGAUGAGUUAAGUCGAUUAUUAUCGGAAUUAGCUAAAGUGACAAACGCUCCGAUGCUGUUACCAGGUGUUACUUCUAGUCUUAACGGUAACCACAUUAAAGACGAAGAGUUAUCGAAAUUGGUACCGUUAAAACAAAGAAGAUUCUCAGAACCGGAUUACGAUAUACCUAGACCGCAUAAAUCAUUAACGAUAACUCAAAAAAACGAUGACGAUUCAACGAACGUUAUAGAAUCGACGAGAUUCUUUGGACCCAUUCUGAAACCGUCCGGUGUUGUAAUUCCCGAAGAAACAAAAAACCCGGAAAUCGCUUCACAAUUAGAUAGUAUCUUUCCAGAUUCCUUAGAAACGAAUGAAAUUAAUUCGACUAUAAAACGAGAAAAUCAUAAAAGUUCAUUGAAAAGUGAAAUUAUGAUAGAUAACGAUCUUUAUGCCGAACCGAGGUCGAUACACUCUUUUCAUAAAAGGGAUGAAGACGAUGAAGACGACGAAGUAUUCGUCGAUUCGUUGGAAAUUUACAAAAAUUCUAAUUAAUUAUUUCUAUUUAUCAAACCCACAAUUUAAAAUAACAAAAUUACGUUUAUUUUGUGAUAUUUUCAUCUCAUUACGUAAAAAUCAUUUUUUCCAAAUAUUGUUCCCCAAAUUUAGGGAAAAAGUCGUCAAGGUGGCAUCACUACCUUUCACAGUACGAAUAUUUGUUCAUAUAAUUGUAAGUUUCUUAAUUUUUUUAGAUAGCAAAGCCUAGUUUUUUGUAGAUCAUCGCGGUAUUUCAAUUAAAUAUUAGUUUUUAUACGAAAUUGUUUCAAUUUUUGGUUUAUUCUGAUUGGAAAUUAGUUUUUUAUGAAUAUUUCGACGAAUUUUGGUCUUUAUCAAUAUUUUUAUUCUUUAAAAAACUAAAUUUCAAUCGAAAGAGACGUGAAAUCAAAACUAUUUACAAAGAAAAAUAUAUAAAAAGGUCUAAGAAGUACAAAGUUGACGAAAUAAAUUUUCUUUAUUUCAUUCAGAUUUUCUUUUUUAGAAAUUCUACUUCAAGUUAAACAUAUUUAAUUCAAUAAAAUUAAGUCAAAUAUAAUUGGCGUUGGUGUACAUCCACCAUUUUGAAUACUUCCAAUCUUUUUACAUCAGUUAUUUAACAACGUACAUAUAUGAAUCAUGUAAAAAUAACUCUUGAACAAAUAUUUCGUUUCUAUUAUUGUAUGUGUAUGUCGGUCGAUUUACAUAUUUUUGUGAUAAAUAUAAAUACAUACCUGAAUCUUCAUUAUUUCUACUUGUUAUAUGAACUAGUUGAUCCACACAUAGUUUUUAUUAAAUCACACUUUUUACACAAAUUUUAUACAAAAAUAAAUUCACUUCACAUUUUAUUACAUUCAAAUAUGGAAGAAAAUUCACAAUCACUAAUUUUACUUUAUUUUAAUCUCUUUUAAAUUAAGUUUCUUAAUAAUAGCAAUAACUUGCAUGUUUACGUUAAUGCUUUAAAGAUGGCGAAUUCGACGAUUUGUAGGUUUGUUCCAAUCUGCUAAUCUGAAACGUUCACAUGAUAUUUUUACGCAAACUCCGGCUAUGUAUAGUUCUUUUAAUAAUACUUGCUAUCAAAACCGUCCCGGAAACGACUCACCUACGAUACCUAAGACGGUUGAACCAUAGAAUCGUUCGUAAAACAGUACAAAAUUGCCUUGUUGCAACACGUAAUCUCUAUUGCGCAGAAUCGUCACGUAUCAAGGACGGUACUUAUUUCGUUGCCAAAUUUAACCAUAACUAGAGAUGAUUUCUAUUUCGUCUACUUUUAAUUACUUUAUGUUCGAUUUUCUUGUCGUCUAUAACCUUGAAAAUAUUUGUUAGGUUACUUAUUACAAAAACUGAUUCUUUUUUAAAGAAAUUGUUCGUUCGUGAAUUUGAUUCCAAAGCUGUUCAUUUGUCAGUUAUAAUAUUUUUAUGCUCGCGGGUUACGUCAAACCAUCGAAUUAAAUAAUUCCGAAUGGGUCCUAGCAGUCUUGACAUUUUUUUAACUACAUAUUUCAUAUUUAAACACUAGUACUCAAUAUUAGAGGAUGGUUUCGCAGUUUGAGGUUAUGUUUUAUUAUUAUUCGUUCUUGUUCAUUUAAGUGCUGUUUCUCCAUAUUUUUAGACUUUUAGUUCAUAUUAUGGUUUAGUGAGUUUUAAAAUUAAAAUCAAUUUGUGCCUUAUUCAUUGGUGAACAUAGUCCGGUGUUAGUAAGUACAAUAAAAUAGAUUUGAAUUGAAUUUAUUAUAGGAAAAGAGAGGUUUACAAGUUUAGAUGAUAAGAUUACAAGUAAAAAUUUCAGUUAAUACUUUUUGUGGAAUUCUAAAUGAUUGAUAAUAUAUGAAAAGUAAUGCAUAAUAACUUUUUUGGCAUGUUUCAUUUCAACUAUUUAAUAAUGAAAACAACACACAAUCUAAGACUAAAAGUUCGAUUUCUAAUACCCAUACCAUAAACAGUUUAAUGAUCAGCAGUUUUUUUCAAUUCUAAGAAAAAUGACGAAAUGCUAUGGUGUCAAAUCUAUUUACAAUUUAGAGAUAUUCGGAAAUUAUUCUUAAUGAAACUAUGGUUUUCAAUGCUGUUUGCUAUGUUGACAAAUGUACCUAUAUUUCACAAAUAUUUGAAAAUUAAUAUUUCCCAAUAAUUUAGUAAUAUUAAUUACCACGUUGUCAAAUGUGUCUUAUAUUUCUGAUAAACUAGGAAAGUAAUGAUUUUUUAUUGAAACUUUCACAAUAAUUUAGAGUAAUAUUAAUUGAAAUUUUCACAAUAAUUCACUAAAAUUAUCUGCCAUGUUGUCAAAUUUAUCUAUAUUUCAGAGAUACUAGAAAAUUGAUAAUUUUAGAAGAAAAUUCCAUAAUAAUUUGGUAAAAUUGAAUGCCACGUUGUCAAUUGUGUCUAUAUUUCCGAGAUACUAGGAAAUUAAUAAUUUUAAAUGAAAUUUUCCCAAUCAUUAUCGUUUAUUAAUAUUUAAACUAGUAAAAAACGAGGUUUUUUAAUAAAAAAAUAUAUUUCAAGGUUCGAUAUGUAUAUUUUUUUUUAAAUUGUGGGUAAAAACUAAUACCAAAGAUAAAAAAAAUCCCUUAUUAUCCUGUAUUACGUAUUUUUAUUUAAAUAAAACGAUAUUUUCCACUCGGAAUAUUUAUUAUACAAAAAAAA